GCUCUUCCUUCCUUUUUCCGAUUCUAUUCUCGCAAGCUGCUGUUUCUAUUCCAUACUCCAACUCUGCUUUUCUUCUAAUCAAGACAUUUGUUGUUGCAUAUAUAAGAGAGAGUAUUCUUCAAGAAGGAAAAUGAAAAACAAGAAUGGUUUUGGGUUUGAUAUCCAUGCUAAGUCCAACGCAGAUUCGUUGCAGCAGAUGCGUAAUGUCAAGCUUGAAAAUCAAAAAUAUUUAAGAGGCAAUCCAACAAAUCAAGAUAACACUAAUGUUGGAAAUAUUCAAAGGUUGGGCCGUCAGAAGGGAUCAUUGAAUAAUAUAAUUGCAUCCCAACAAAUGAAAAAGGGCGAGGCAAACAAAGGUGUUCAGAACACUAACUUUAGGAGGCAACCAGAAGUAGAAGCCUCUAAAAAAAUAAUUGAGAAGCAAUUGGAUGUUGAAGCAUGUAAAAAAAAUGUUGAGCAAAACAAAGGGUUUGUUAAGAAUAAUAACAUUAAGAGGCAAUUGGAAGUAGCAGCCUCUAAGGAGAUUGCUGCUCCGAGCAAAGUGUUUGUCCAGAACAAUAAUACUAAGAAGAAUUUAAAGUCUACGGUGGAUCAUCAAGUUAAAGGUUUGAUUGAAUCACAAGUCUCAAAGAACAAAGGUGAGCAAAACAAAGAGGUAAGGCAGAACAAUAAUCUUAAGAGGCAAGUAAGAUCUACCAUGGAAAAUCAAGUUCAAGGAUCAACGGUAGAUCAACAACCCUCAAAGAAGAAAAAAACUAUUCCAAAUUGUCCAGCCAUGCCAAUUGCCGAAUAUCUCAAUAAGAAUAAGGAACAAGAUGGAGUAGAUGAAUCAGACGACGAAGAUAUCGAAGAAAGUGAAAUGGAAGAAUAUAUGGAGACUGAUAUGAACUACGGAGGUGAGGAAUUUGAGGGAGCGGAUGUAAAUACAACUAAAGGUUUAAUAAGAAAACGAGGAAAGACUAUAUGUCGGAAAAUUCAUACACGACAAUUUAAAGAUAGAGACGAGAUCACCUUGAAUGGAGAAGGACAGCCAAUUGGGCCAGAUGAAAAGACGGUGUCUGAAUUCAGUAGCUUUUUGGGGACAAUUGCAAGAAGUUCAGAUAUAUGUCCGCUCACCUUCACUAGUUGGAUUGGUUUGGUCAAGUCUUGGGAGGAACAAGUGAUAGAUCCCGUGUGGGAUUAUGUCAAUGAAAAAUACAUUAUCCCAAAGGAAGGAAGGAAGGCUGUGCUUGCUAUUGUAAAUGAUGCUUGGAAACGAUACAAAUGCUGGAUUAAAAGGAUGCAUUUUAGUUCGUACAAAACCAAGUGUGAGCGGCUAAAAAAUCGUCCACAAGACAUACCAGAAGGACAGUUUAGGAAUUUAUUGGAGUUUUGGGAAGAUGAAAAAACUCAAGAAGUAAGUCAUCAAAAUGCCCAAAAUAUAGCUCAACUGAAAUAUAGACAUCGUACGGGGAAUAAAGCCUUUGCUGUUAUAAGAGAAAAAAUGCGUGUAAGUAGUGAAGAUAAAGAGCCUCCAACUCAAGCUCAAGUUUUCAUUGCUACUCGACAAAGUAGGAAAGGAAAGGAGUUGGAUAAAGAAACAAACAGUGCAAUUAUAAAGCUUCAAGACAUGAUUGAAAACAAUGGGCAGCCUUCUUCAGAAGCCUUUCAAAGUAUAGUUGGCAAAGAAAAACCUGGGAGAAUGCGUUGCCACGGAAGAACCACAACCCUCACGCUCUUGAAAAGAAAUGAAGAAAUUGAAAAACUUAAAAGAGAGCAUGCUGAUGAGGUUGAACAGUUAAAACAAGAGAUGGAGGAGAAACGUCGUCAGGAUAAGGAAGCAAUGGAAACAAAAAUUCAACAGGAAAAGGAAGCAACGGAAAGAAAACUUCAGAUUCUUCUUAAAGCCAUUGUGAACCAAAACACCGCAAACUUGGAUGUGGAGGCUCUGCAAGCUUUGAUAUCAGCUCCUACAACUGAUGCUCCUAAUGAUAAUGAAAAGAUAAAUAAUGAUGAUAUCGAAGAAGAAAUGAAAGAUCAUGAAGAAGAAGAAGAAGAGAGCUAGAUGUUUAUGUUUUUUUAAUAGGAUAUACAUUUUGAUGAUGUUAGUUUGAUGGUGAAUGCACAUAAUUGUGAUAUACAAUUCAUGUUAGUUUGAUAUAUGGUGAAUGCACAUUUGGAUAUACAUUUAAGAUGUUAGUUUCAUUUUGAAGAUGCAUGGUCUAUUUCAUUUUGAAGAUGUUAGUUUGAUUGUGAAUGAUUGACAAUAUUAGGACAACGUUAUGUUGAUCGAUGUUAUUAUUUUGAUAUAUAUGAAUGAUAAUCAUUUUAGUUUAA